UGGUGAGCGCGGCGGCCCGGGAGCUGGAUGCGAGAGCAGCCGCGAUGGCCCCGCGCGCGGGACAGCGGAAGCCAAGGGGGCCGCUGCUGCCGGGGCUGCUGCUCGUGGCGGCGGCGCUGAGCCGGCCCGCCGCGCCUUGUCCCUUCCAGUGCUACUGCUUCGGCGGCCCCAAGCUGUUGUUGCGCUGCGCGUCGGGCGCGGAGCUCCGGCAGCCGCCGCGGGACGUGCCGCCCGACGCGCGCAACCUCACCAUCGUGGGCGCCAACCUGACGGUGCUGCGCGCUGCUGCCUUCGCCGGCGGGGACGCGAACGGGGAGGAGAAGGAGGUGGGCGGCGUGCGCCUGCCGCUCCUGACCGCGCUGCGCCUCACGCACAACAACAUCGAGGUGGUGGAGGACGGCGCCUUCGACGGGUUGCCCAGCCUGGCGGCGCUCGACCUGAGCCACAACCCGCUGCGCGCUCUGGGCAGCGCUGCCUUCCGCGGGCUGCCCGAGCUGCGCUCACUGCAGUUCAACCACGCGUUGGCGAGAGGCGGGCCCGCGCUGCUGGCCGCGCUGGACGCCGCGCUCUCCUCGCUGGACGAGCUGCGCCUCCUGGGCAUGGCGGGCAACGCGCUGAGCCGCCUGCCGCCCGCCGCGCUGAGCCGGCCGCACCUCGAGCAGCUGGACGCGCGCUUCAACGCGCUGGCUGGGCUGGCCCCCGACGAGCUGCGCGUGCUCGAGCGCGAUGGCGGCCUCCCCGCGCCUCGCCUGCUGCUGGCCGACAACCCCCUGCGCUGCGGCUGCGCCGCGCGCCCCCUGCUGGCCUGGCUGCGCAACACCACGGAGCGCGUACCCGACGCGCGGCGCCUUCGCUGCGCCGCCCCACGGGCACUGCACGGCUGGCCUUUCCUGGACCUGGAGAAAGCGAGGCUGCACUGCGCCCACGGCGACGCCGACGGUCGCGGGGAAGAAGUGGAACUCGCUGGCCCGGAGCUGGAAGCCUCCUACGUCUUUUUCGGGCUUGUGUUGGCGCUUAUCGGCCUCAUCUUCCUAAUGGUGCUCUACCUAAAUCGCCGCGGCAUCCAGCGCUGGAUGCGCAACUUGCGCGAGGCCUGCCGAGACCAGAUGGAGGGCUACCACUACCGCUACGAGCAGGACGCUGACCCGCGCCGCGCGCCCGCCCCGGCCGCCCCGGCCGGCUCCCGCGCCACAUCCCCGGGCUCGGGCCUCUAAAUUUUGCCUUUUGGAGGUUGGGGAUGGCCCUUGCCAGCUGAGGACCUUACUGGGACUGCCUGGCCUGAAGCUGUGGGUAUGAGACACUCAAGAGUUUGGGGUUUUGAGACCUGCCCUGACUGGUCCGAGACCUUCUGAUUAUGGCAUCCCUCCCCAACCCCGAGGCCCCAAGCUGUAUGCCCUCUUACCAGCCUCUGAGAGCUGUCACCGUCAAAGACCCAAUGACACCCCUUUCUGAUUCCAAAAGCCUACCUGCGCAUCCAGGCUCUGGCACAUCCCUCCUGAACCACCAAAAGCCCCCUCCCCAUCUCAAGACUCACUUGAAGACCUUGUCCUUAAAACCAACAGCCAUGAGACUGCCUACAACACCCUGUGCUUUGAGCCCUGACCUCUCAGCAGGAAACAUCAGCCUAGACCUCACUGAUCCCAUCUCCCGUGUGGAGCCCUCAGCUCCCUUCCCAGGGCUCAGGGGCACUUCCAUCCCAUUCUGGCCUCAGAAGCAGAGCACCCCAACCAGAAGGCUGUGUAGACUUUGAGCCUGUUUUCUCAUCUAGUAACUCUGAGCCCUCCAUCCUGCAGAGAGACCCACUUCCCCCAGGCUCUGAGGAUUGGGCACAUGCCCCCAAUCUGAGGAUGUAUUUCAUACCACCACCAUCCCAGCUCUAGCUCAGGCCUCCUUCUCUUCCCAGACUUGGGGCUCAGCUCCCCUCUCUCUCUCCCAUCCCAGGGACAGGCAUACCCCAUUAUAGCCUUAGUAUGGAGCCACCUCAGCCUUUCCCACCAGGGCUCUGAUUCCCCAAAAUACUCAGUGCUUGUCCACAAUGUCAGACUGUCAGCUCUUCACCCCAAUCUGAGUUUCAUUCCCCUGUCCAAGUCUUAGGCUAAUUCCCCCCACACCUAUCACUUGCACUAAGUACCCACACUUGCCACUCACUGAGGCAAGUUCCACUGAGGAAUCCAUCCCUGAGAUGUGCUCACCAUCCUUUCCUCCUAGGAUAAGCUCUCCAAGCCUGAAAGACAGGUGCAGGUGCCAAGCAGACCCCAACUGUACUGGCAGAUCCCCAUGGAGUAGGAGAGAGUCCUGGGGGUGUGAAGUAGAUGAAUGGGCCUCAGAACCAGGGUCACCUGUCUAUCGGCCUCUCAGAAGGGUCAGGUAGGAAGCUCUGAAGGGCUGGGAGCCACUGGCCACAUCCUCUUUCCCACCCAUGUGACUUCUCACCUGGGGAUUCCUUGCUGCUGUGCCCCCCCACACCUCCCCUCGUGCCUUCUGGAAGAGGAAGGGGAUCUUGCCCCCUGUCUCAGGCACAAGCCCUCCUGUUUAGGGUCAGAGCCUCAGUGCCCUGCCUUCUGCAUGAUCCCAAAGCACAAUUGGUGAGUGGAGAGGGGGCUGCCUCUCCCUUACUCCCACCCCCUAGAUCAGGCAGAAUGGCUGGCCUGUGCUGCCUCUGCACACAGGAAGUCACCUACCUUCAACAUAAUGGCUUGAGGCCUGCCUUCCCACACUCACCUGAGAAAUCUGGAUCUCCCUUGGGCAGUUUUCUAUAAAGUCUGCAAUAAUCUCUGAUACUCAGCUCUUGUAAGUGGUGCCAUGUCAUUCCUGCUGACCUUGGGCAUUGAAGGAGGUGGGAGGGGACACUUGAGAAGGCAUUUUGGACCUCCCUGUGGUGAGGCAGUGACUUCUGGUGUCUUCUCCCAAAGUAUGGGAGAAGAUAA